AUGGCUCCUACGGGCGCCCUCCGGCACCUCAGCCUAGCACUGGGCGCAGCGGUGGCCGCCUUGGGAUCACUCCUUUUCAUAGCCUUGAAAAUCUAUUUUCGAGACGUCAACGACAGCAGCGUCGGCUGGAGAGGGCGCUGGGAGCAGCAGCUGGCUGUGGAGCUAGGGCGCAAAACCCCGAAAGGGGACGACGAGCACUGGAAACAAGUUUUGGUUCUAGGCUUGGAUGGUGCUGGAAAGAGCAGCAUUCUCCACUAUGUCUCCAGUACAGAAGCCAAAAGGUGCAUAUCUCCCACUGAGGGCUUCAAUUCUGUGCAACUUCAGGAUAGUGGCCUGCAGGUGGACCUUCUGGAAGUUGGUGGCAGCCAGAAUCUACGUUCCUACUGGAAUCACUUCCUGAGCAAAGCCCACAUUUUGGUGUUUGUUGUAGAUGCUGCAGAUAGUCCACGCCUUCCUGCUGCCCGGCAGGAGCUGCACUGUCUGCUAGCUGAGGAUUCUCAGUUGCCUUUAAUUGUGCUGGCCAACAAACAGGACAAGGAGGAUGCGCUGAGUGUAGCAGAAUUACAGAAGGAGUUGGCCUUGCACACCUUGAAUAACCAGAGGGAAUUCUUUCUCCUGCCUACAAGUGCUACUUAUGCAGGCCUGGGCACAGCAAACAGUGUUCUCCACCUGAAGAAUCUGCUGAUCAAACUUCUUGCACAGAUCUGAAAAUUCUUGGACCUCGCCAAGAUAUUCAAGCCAGGUGGACAUCCAGGACUUUACUUCUCGCAGCAGCUACCCGAGAUAUUUUAUCUGUACAGCUGAGGAGCAGACAGGCUGAGUCCUCCACAGACUCCUCUUUAGGCAUUUCCUAAUUUUCCCCCCCUGAUAAGUGAGCCCCCACUGCCAUUCUGUCUUUGGAAACAGGGUAGAAAAUAUAAACAGAAACAAAGGGCCCUGUUCAUGCUGACAACA